AUGUGCUCCGUGGUCGGCUGUGAUUCGUGGCGUCGCAGUGCGCAGCGCUUUAAGUUGCCAGAAGAUCCAGAGGAGAGACUGGAGUGGGUCCAGUUUCUUGGCGAAGUCAACGGACAGUGUUUUAAAGAAUCGUGCUGGACUGACAUCACUAUUUGUACUGAACAUUUUUCAAAUGACUGCUAUGAAACCCUGAUUCCGACUGGCACGGUUCAGCUGAAGCCCAGAGCUGUCCCGUCACUGUGUGUCAAGUCAGAGCCAGAAGAACAUCUGGAGAUCCCACAACACGUGAUGGAGAAGCUCACACAUGAGAUACUCAUCAUCUUGAACCAACGCUGCCCUCAGUGUGACUACACAAACCGGUGGAAAAGUCAGGUCAAUAGUGCUCCAACAGCUGAUCAGUGCCUGACAGAAGACAUAGAUGUAGCUCCAGAGAUCCAACAGGAGCCUGUGAAAACCGCAGAACUUGGUUGUCAGUGUGACCUUAAAACAUAUGAUAGUCCACCUUCCUGUUUUGAAAAAUCAAGAGUCAAUGCAAAUGGUUCCCUAGUAAGUUCUGGGUCAAGUGAUGAAUCAAACACUGAUACCUCUGGUCAGAUGCAACAGAAUGUUAUGAAUAUUGAUUUGAACCAGGAAACGGCUGAACAUUUACAGAUGAAAGGAAAGGUUGUUGUGAAUGAAAAUUGCCUCCUCCAGUUGUUUCGCCACAAGUGUCCAUCAUGUGGCGGUAAACUAAAGACGGAGAAAGUCACCCAUGGAAUACUUGUCAUCUUGAACCAGCAGUGCCUUCAGUGUGAGUACAGAAACCAAUGGAAGAGCCAGGUCAAUGCAAAUGUCCCAACAACUGAAGAUCAACACACAGGCACAGAAAUAACUCCAGUUACCCAACAGACAACGCUGAUAGAUGUCAACGCCAGCUGUGGGAUUUCAUCUGAGAUUGUGACUUUGAGUGAUGAAGAAAGUUAUCCCUCAGAUGAAGGAGAGGAAGGUGAUCAAGAUACUGUGAGUUCAGACAGGGAAUGGAGUCCAACAAAGGAUGUUUUGUUGGCUGAAGAGCUUGAGAUGGGUUCGGAUGAGGAAACUGACGAAGAGGAAGAUUUAGAUUCCCGCAGUGGACUCAGAAUUAAUGAACUCUGCACAGACUGUGGAAGUUUUUUCAACAUUCAGAAGCCUCACACUUGUGAAUACAAAAUAAAGCCGUAUUCCUGCAAUAUAUGUGGCAAAAGAUGUGUUAGUGAGAGUUCUCUAAAACAUCAUAGCAAUAUCCAUGAUGAAACCUAUGAAUAUCCUUGCAAAUACUGCCAUGUUACCUUCAGAACAAAGGUGGACAAACUCAAACAUGAGGAGACCCAUCAAGAUUGCACCACACCAUAUAAAUGUCCAGACUGUUCAGAGACAUUUGCCACCAGUAAAGAACGCAGCAUUCACCUGGCAGAUCACAGGAUCUCAAAGGAAUUUAGAUGUGGAGUCUGUGGGAUUGAAUUUAGGGAUAAACCUCAUCUCCAGAGACACUCUGUUGUACACACAGGACUGAAACCAUACAAGUGUUCAGAGUGCGAACGGAGCUUCAGCCAGUCAAGCCACCUCAAAUCCCACAUGCGCCUGCACACAGGGGAGAGGCCUUUCAAGUGUCACCUUUGUGACAAAUGCUUCAAUCACAAUGUGAGCUUGAAAAGUCAUGUGCAACGUUACCACACAUCCAGUUCUGGAUGUGAAUGGAAGAAGAGUGAGGAAGGUGCAAGUGACACUAGUGGGACUAAAGAGGGAGGCACAGAUUUGGAGCUUGACAGUGUAGAGGAGGAGCAGCACACAGAAGAGGAGGCACAGAAUGAGAGAAUAACCACAGCACAAACUAAAAGGAGGAGAAGCACAGGCAGACCCAGAGGAAGGCCCAAGAGAGACACAGCAGGCAACUUAGUUCUGGGAAAUCCAAUGGAAGAUUUGAACACUAAGACAGGAAAGGAAAAGGUGCAAAAAUUUAAGAGAAAAUGUUCCAGAAACGAGGAGAGUGAGAAUGAGCUGACUGACAGUGACACAUCCUUUGACUCGGCCGAAGAAGAAGACGAGGAGAGAAGCAAAACGGUUAGAAAGAACGCAGGGAGAGGAAGAAGAAGACAAAAAGAUAACAAUGACUCUGAUUUUGACCCAGAAGAAGAAAGAAAGAAAAAAAGGUACAGCAGCCAGAGCAGUGGUAAAAGCUUAGGAAAAGGUAGGGGCAGACCAGUACAAGUGUAAUGGACUGAAAAACACACAUAAUUAUAGAAUGAAUUUAAUGGGAGCAACUGUUAAAAGAAAAGAGCCAUUAGCAUUGGAGUGCCAAACAAUAUGAAGCUAAUAGAAGAAGCUGUUGGGCUUGAAAAUAAAUCUUGGUUGCCUCUACCAAAGAGACCAAUGCUCACAUAUUAUUUGAUCAUACUAGUAAUGGAUGGACGUGCAUUAAUGGUGCAUCAGUCAGAAGCACAGAGCUGUCAGUUUUGGAAAAUCAAA